ACAUUGAUUAGAAUAGCCCUGAAUCCUCUUAGGAAUUACAUUAACAAGCUUUAUGUGGGUUUACAAGUUGGCUGUUCCGAAACCCAAGAACCGAAGAGAGAUUUCUAGCUCAAUAUACAGUUUCAGGGGCUAAUGCAGUAUUUAGGCAAUAGAUUUUUUAGGAUACAGUCGGAUAUCCUGUGUGGAUGUUUUACUCGCCAUAGUUUUGCAUACCUAGGCGAAAUAGCGUAUAUAAACGUUUCACCAUGCCCCCGUGCCUUGCCAUUUAAUUAGAUCCCCUGGGUGCGAAUCAGCUUGGCACAGUCUCUAAGUGCAAGCGAAACCGGUUGUUUGUUUGUUUUUUGCUCCGGGAACCCUGGCCACGAUCCUCGCGCGACUUCACUUCUGCACCGGCGGCGCGGGAAGAAAAUCGAGCCCGCAGUCCAGCUGCUGCUCUUGGGGCAGUUCUGCACGACUCGAUCGGAUAGAUGACGAUCUAACUGUUCGGCCGCCGACAAAUGCAGAGUGUAAUGUUUUGGUCGAUGUGUGAGUUGCUGUGGGAAUGAGACUGCGUGGCAGGGAUUUGGAGGAUUCCACUGUCUCCUGGAUACCAAGUGUCCUGGGUGUGCAGAGUGUCAGGCUCCGCCUUCGCCUUGAUCGGCGUGACGACAGGGGGAGGGGCUUUUGGCAACUCGUUGACCUGGAGGGAGUGGAAGCGCAGAGUGGGCAGCAGUUACGGGAUAGGACACCACCUACUUGUUCACAAAGUCUGAUGAGUAUUCCUGCUGCUGUAUCAGUUCAGUCAGGGGGUGGAGAAAUGCAAUCACCUGGGGCCAUUAGCCACUCCUUCCUCCCGCCCCCCAGUGGAAAAAUUCCAGGUCGCAAGAGGGGUCGCCCACCCUUGAAAAGGCACCCGGAAUAUCAGAGUCACUACCCAGAAUCCCUCCCACCCAUUAAAGUGCCUAAGAAGAGAGGGAGGAAGCCUGGUUUUAAGCUGAAGUCUCGCUUGAUGACACCCCUGGCCAUCUCCCCUCCCAGUAGCACCCCAGAGCCAGACAUGAGCUCCAUCCCCCAGGACGCUGCCACUGUCCCACACUCAGCCACGCCACAGGUCCUCACAGUUUGUAUCUACGUGAACAAGCAGGUGAACACGGGUCCUAACCUGGACAGGCAGAAGGUGCUGCAGUUGCCGGAUCAUCUAGGUCCGGCGAGGCCUUCUGUUGUGCUGCAGCAGGCAGUACAGGGCUGCAUUGACAGCGCGUACCAGCAGAAAGCCGUCUUCACUCUGCUCACUGAGGGCUAUGGGGGUGAAAAGAUAUCAGCCACCUUUGACGGUAAGCAGCAUCUGUUGAGCUUGCCGGUGGUAAACAGUGUGGGCUACGUCCUGCGCUUCCUCAAGAAGUUGUGCCGAAACCUGCUGUGUGAGAACCUCUUCAGUGACCAGCCCAUUGCCCCUUCAUCAUCCCCCUCCUCCUCUUCCUCAUUCCACACUGAAAAGCACUCAGACGGACAGCCCAAGUCAACAAACUCGAUGAUGGAUGACUACCAUGGCGAUUCAAUGGACCCUAAGCGCUAUUCUGUUGAUCCCAGUGAUUCUGCCUUUGGUGCGAUGUCCUUGCCAUACACAGCUACCAAACCUUCAUAUGGUUUUCGUUCUGGCUCCACCUAUUCUGGAGGUGUGUGCAGGCAGGCAGCCAGUCCCAGCACAUUCCAGGAAGGAAAUAAAAGUGCCUACAGUCCAUGCCCAGAGGGAGGGGAGGCAAAGCCCCCACCAAGUAAGGACCCCUCCAGGUGGAGUGUUGAUGAGGUGGUGUGGUUUAUCAAGGAUGCAGACCCUCAAGCGCUGGGCCCACAUGUGGAUCUCUUUAGAAAGCAUGACUUAAGUGUGGACACCCUUCAAAGUCUUUUAGCAGUAGAUUGUGGACAAAACAGGACUUGGCCUACUGUCGUGACAAAAGGGAUCACUUGCUAGUUUGUAGAUUUCACAUACAUGAGAGCUGCUGUAUCAGUAUGAUUUUAUGCCUUUGCUCUUUUAGUCUUGAAAUCUAAGCAACAGAAAUAUUCAAAUCACAAUAUUUGUCAAAAUGUACACAGUAUGAUUUUUGGGCCAAAUUGUGUACUUCCAAAAUCCUACUUCCAACAUAAAAAAAAAAAAAAAAACCUUUCUAAAUUCCUGAAUAUUUGUACUGUAAAAUAUUGUUUCAAGUGUAUAGUAAGCAUUCCUUUGUGGACACUGUGUGAUUACUUCUUCAGGAGAUUGAUGGAGAUGCUCUCCUCCUUCUGAAGAGUGAUAUGAUCAUGAAGUACCUGGGACUCAAACUGGGCCCUGCUCUCAAGCUCUGCUACCACAUCGACAAGCUAAAACAGAACAGGUUCUGACCUGUCUUUGAAACAUCAUACCCCCUAUCCACACAAACACUUGUGGAUUCUCUCACAGUAUUUACUCUCAUGACACCAGUCCCCACUUUAUGUACAGGAUGUUUUUAUCCUCUGUUCUCUGGUCAUUCAAAGACAAGCACCAGAUCUUAUCUAACAUUUCACUGACCACAGGAUUUCCUUGUGCUAAUUUAAAGUGUUCGAGCAUUUAAUUGGUCAAUUGACAUUGGAUCACUGCUCUAAUCGAAAGGCUGCAUUCUGAGAUUUUAUUUGUACUUAAGCAAGUGAGCAGUUUUUGUUUGAGUUUUAAGUGUUAAUCACAAAUAUUCAAAUGGAUGGAACUGGAACAAAUGUGUUAUAUCACAAACAAACCCAUUCAUAUUUUCCAGAGGCAUGGACUCUGUCUAAAACCAUGUGAACUUCAGCCACCUGCUGGUGAAGUGGAAUUAUUGCAACUAUAUUAAACUAACCCUCAUUGUAACCAGGUACCCUUCAGCUUUUAUUUUCAGAGAGCAGCUACUUCAAAGGCCAACAGUGUGGGAGAUCAGUAACAGUCUACAGUUUUGCAUUCUACAGUCACAUCUUUUGAUUGAACAGAUAUGCACACAGUCUGAACCAGCAAAUCACAGGCACAAAUGCAACUUGGCUCAGCAAUGGACCAGUCACGUCAAGUGUUUGAAGGCCGCCCAAGUCAGAACUUACAGGAUGUGCUACAAGGCAUUUAUUGCUAUGUUCAUGAACAACAGUGCAUUAAAAACACAGUAAUGCACACCAGGUGCUCAACCAACAAGUGAAAUUGUACAAAAACAACAAUACUUUGAAUACAGUGUACCGGAACACUGGUACUGUAUUUUUCUCACAGUGGACCAAAUGCAUGGAAUACAACAACAGAGAGGUCUCAUUACUCACAGAAUUUUGUCAUUUAUCCUUCUCACUCACAAAGGAAAAGCCCUAAAUGGAACAGUUGCUCAGAUACCACAAAAAAUUAACAGAUCAUUUCAAAAUGUACAGAUUAUUUUUUUAAGUUGUGUAAAUUGUCCUGUUUUUAGAUAAACAUUUUCACUGUGCAUAUUAUACUUGGUUUAAAUUGAUUGCCUUUCAUAAACUUACAGUGCUUAGGUGAACAAGCUGAGGUACUUUAGACGUGCUUUGACAUUAUUAUUUUACUGUUACAGCCAUAUUUCAAUGUUUCAAAGUCACUACAGCUUGGCCUCAAACACCAUAAAAAUGUGCAAGAGAGACAUUUAAGGACAUUUAAGUGGCAUUCAGAAUACUGUAUUAUUUUUCAGACAGACAAAUUUAAGUUUGAUCUGAUGAUGUCAUCUCCUUAAGUGGAUUACACCCAAGUGUACAACUUUUUUCUGUCCGUGCAAUCAUGUGUAAAUAUUAUAAUUUAUGUUGUAGUCACAGAUACAAUCUACAAUUUUAUAAAUUUCAAAAAGAGUACAUUAAAACAAUUUAGAUCCAGUUAUCUGAUGCAUACAGUAUGUUCAACAUUUACUUGUAAUCAGCUAGCUUUGCUGUGCUAGACUUCAUUGUUGUACAUUCUGCCUCUUAAAGCAACUGCUAUGCUAACUUGUGCAUCUGUACAGAAUCAUUAUCUAUAAUUCUACAUUAUAAUUAAUUAAUAAUACAUUAUUAUUAUAAUUCCCCAUGUUGGAGCAGCUGGUAAUAGCUCUUUCAAUUAAAAAUGUGCAAGUGAAGAAUUUUUGGCACCAGAACAUUAUAAAUGGAAUGAAUCAGUAAAAUCUGGUGUUACUUAAUGAUUUGAAAAGUAGAGGAUUACAAUGUCUUUAUGUAACCUUUCAUCAGAUUUGUUGAGUGUAGUGAAUUAACUUGGCACGUUCAAAGAGGUACAGUAUAAUCAAGAGGUUUUGGGCUUCAUUCAUGUAAAAUCUCCUGAUGUGACAUUUUAUAAAGCUACUGUUUGUUCAUUUUUUGAUGUUACAGUACAAUACUUUCUCUUAUCCAAGCUUAAUAUGCUGAGUCAAGUAAACCAUUUGUUGGUUGAUUUCCCGGAAAAGUGUAAAUACUGUGGCUACUUUGAGCGUCCCGCCCAGCCAGACUCUGCAACAUUGACUUAGGCUUGAGUUUGUGAUGGGACCAUCUAUUUGGCUGACAGUGGCAGUUGGAUGGAGUAUUCGGGAAAGCUGUUUCAAAACAUUGUUUAUUUUUACAAUUCCUUUGGGUGACGCUAGUGGCAUAGAAAUUUCACACUUUGGCUUUAACAUAGAAAUGCAAGAUUAUAGAGAUGAAUUACCCCAAGGCUAAUGUUAUGAAUACAAGAGGUAUUAGCUUUAAAGCAGACAGUUUUUGAUUUCCAAUCAUGUGGUCAAACAGUGGGAAUAUCUUGUUGUUUCAAAAGCCCUUUAACAGAGUAAUAGCAACACAAGCACUCCUUUCACUGGCUACACUUAAUCUUAUUUCAAGUAGGAAGCCUUGACACUUUCAUAAUAAUCUUUAAUUAUUUUGGGACAGUUUAUGCCCUCAUGCAGAUAUUUUGCUGACAUAGGCCGGCUCAGAAGCUCCUGGCUAGAUAUUACCGACGAUUGUGUCAGGAAAAUGAGUGAGGUUUUUAGGAUAUUAUGCUCUUCAGUUCUGCUAUGGUUUAAGCUUUUUUUGUAUGUGUGUGAGUGUGUAUGUUAGGUUUGUAUGUUUGCCUCCACAUCAUUCCUUGCCAUUUUUAAUAUAAUGGAAAAUGUAAGUUUACAUUUAUGAAUGCUGCUCUUGAUGAUAGUCCCAUGUAAGGUUGUUUAAAAGAGACAUUUGUUAACUCAAGAGUUUUAAUGAAAAAAUGUGAGGGUGACUACAACAUGGACCAUUCAUGUUGGUGCUACAAUAUGACUGUGUAUUUAACUAAUAAUGAUUUUAUGCAAACAAUCUUAUGGUUGGUUUGCUUUUAUUUCUUCAGUUUGGCUUCAGUGUUGUGACUCUUGUGACUGAGGACAGGCUCUGCACUGUGUGUCUGUUUGUUAGGUUAAUAAUAUAGAGCAUUAUGAAAGAGUCAGAAUAAAGCAUAAUAAACACCCUAUACUGAACUCUAACUGUAUUUGUAGUUCUAUAUAUUGCUAUAUCACUAAAUAGAUUGCUGUUUGUACUUAUUGCUCUUGUGCAGACAGAAACAACUCCGUGCUAGCCAGAACCCACAUACAAAUGUUGCAUCAUGUACAAAGCCAUUCUUAAACAAUUCAAAUAAAGUCUUUUCUGCACUUGAGAGAAUGCAGAGAAUAUUCUAA